AUGUUUCCGCAGAAUACCGUGGAGCGUCUGACCGACCGCCAAUUUGGGCAUCAAAAGAAGAAGCUACUAGGGCAAUACACGAAGCUCCUCAAAGACAUGGGACAGCACGGUAUGGAAAUACUAUCGUACGUGUAUGACACACAAAAUAAUAGUGGUGAUUGGUACACCCAAGGCAAGAAUGCUGCGAAAAAUGCGAAAUGCAUUAGCAAGUUUCGCGGACUUGAUCCGAACGUCCAGAUGCCGUUUCAUUUUGGCAUGCAAGAAUUGCGAAAGCCAAGUCUCAAACAAGACCGGGUAGUCCUGGAAAAAGUGUUGCUCAAGCAGCUCAACGUAACGCUCGAAUCCAUGAGCGAGACGCCGUUGCUGAAAUGGCCGCGUGAGCUCUAUUCCAGCCUCUUCCAGCCUGUCAAAAUGAAGGAUGUACUUCUUGUCACCAAAGCCACCAGCGACGGAAGUUUGAAAUUCCUUCCUCAAAUUACCACCAACGUCAAGUAG